AUGAAGUUAUAACUUCACAUGGUGCAAUUGAACCAGAUAAGGACAAUGUCCGCCUAGAGCCAUAUUCUUUGCCACAAGGGUUUAUGUGGGACACAUUGGAUCUUAGCAAUGCUGAAGUUCUGAAGGAGUUAUACACACUGUUAAAUGAGAAUUACGUAGAAGAUGAUGAUAAUAUGUUUAGGUUUGAUUAUUCACCUGAAUUUCUUCUGUGGGCGCUACGUCCUCCGGGCUGGUUACCCCAGUGGCACUGUGGGGUUAGAGUGUCUUCAAACAAAAAACUGGUAGGAUUCAUAAGUGCCAUCCCUGCAAGUAUUCGUAUUUAUGACAGUGUGAAGAAAAUGGUAGAAAUCAAUUUUCUGUGUGUCCAUAAGAAACUGAGAUCUAAACGGGUAGCACCUGUACUGAUUCGGGAAAUAACCAGAAGAGUAAACCUGGAAGGAAUUUUUCAGGCUGUUUACACUGCUGGAGUGGUACUCCCCAAACCCGUGGCCACUUGCAGGUAUUGGCAUCGAUCACUGAAUCCCAGAAAACUGGUGGAGGUGAAAUUUUCACAUUUGAGUAGAAACAUGACUCUACAAAGAACAAUGAAGCUCUACAGACUUCCUGAUGCCACAAAGACUUCAGGUUUGAGACCAAUGGAACAAAAAGAUACUAAAGCAGUACAAGAAUUAAUCAACACUUACUUGAAACAGUUUAAUCUUGCUCCUGUAAUGGAUGAGGAGGAGGUAGCCCACUGGUUCCUGCCUCGGGAUCACAUUAUUGACACUUACGUAGUAGAGGGCUCAAAUGGUAUUUUAACAGACUUCCUGAGUUUCUACACAUUACCUUCAACAGUGAUGCACCAUCCUGUUCAUAAAAGCCUCAAAGCUGCCUAUUCCUUUUACAAUAUUCAUACGGAGACCCCUCUCUUGGACUUAAUGAAUGAUGCACUCAUUAUAGCUAAGUUGAAAGGAUUUGAUGUGUUCAAUGCACUAGACUUAAUGGAAAACAAAACAUUCCUGGAAAAACUCAAGUUUGGGAUUGGAGAUGGAAAUUUGCAGUAUUAUUUGUACAACUGGAGGUGUCCUGGCAUGGAAUCCGAAAAGGUUGGUCUUGUAUUACAAUGAGGACACUUAUGUUUCUAGAACUCUGAGGUCAUCGUUUGGGUUAAUUUGAUCUCCAUAACUCUUGGAACGGUAUUGUUCAAGAGGAGUAAAAGCACAACGUCAGUGAUACUGAAAUAGUCCAUUAAACCUGAACAAUGAAGACAUCCAUAUGUGACCAAAUUUGUGCAUUUUCAGAUAGAUCAGAAGGUCCAUGAAACUCUUUUAUUGUCCAUGAAAAGAAUAAAAGCACAUUCAUUUAAGUUUCAAAGCUUAGCUUGCACCUUGAUGAGAAGAAGGUAUUUUUUUUCCACUCUGUAGAAAAGACUGUUUUGUACAAACUGAACUUCAGUGGUGGAUUAGGGUACAAAAAUAUUUGCUAUUAUGUGGAUGAACUGCUGCAUUUCUAUUUAUUAAGUGGUGGUGUAUGUUUGUCAGUGUAACAGAAUGAAGGAUACAAACUUGAGUAUCUUUGCUUAUUUACUUCACGUGGAUAUCAUCGUUUGGGGAAAAUCAUGAAGUACGAUACGUUUGUAGCUCUAUGAAAGUCCUGGAUGUUUUUGUAACUGGAGCAGUAUGACAAUGUACUGGUUUAACUAGUGCAUUUCUUUCUCCAUAAGUUAACGCUGCCAAAUCAAUAAAAAUACAGAUUUGUACUUUGAUCUUCAAUAGAUCAGUGGAUUGAUUUAACAGUAUCGCACUGUUCAGUGCAGGUGUUAUCUAUGUUGCCGGAAUGAUAAUACAUUACUGUACUUGAUUUACAGUUGUGGCACAAAACCUUAGUUUUUCCUCAGUAGACUAACAUCAGGCUGUGUGUAAAACUAAGAAUUUUAGUAGUGCUAUCAGGAUAUUUAUAGUUUGAAUGUUUUCGACGCUUCUGCGAAAUUGCACAUAUUCCUUUGUCUACUUUGAUUUCCUAUGAAGUCUGUAAUUCUAAUGAAAAGUAUCUUGUGUAAAUACGUAUUCAUAAAUUGUUCCUGGUAGUGUUUUUAUCCUGACUUUGGAACAAGAAGUUUUGCUAUAUAUGUGGCUGGUAAGGAGAAGAUAAAUGCUCUACCCUCAGUCCUUGGAAGUCUGUGUACUGCGCUUCCUGAAUUGUAGGAGGGCUGAUCUUUGUUGCUGGGGGAACUGUUUUAAUUCCCUCAUGAAUGCUCAGCAACCAGAGCGGCUUCUGAAGCACUUUAUAU